AUGAGAACGGUUGCAGACUCUGAUAGUGCUACAUCAGAGAGUGAUGUUGAGAAUUCGUAUAACACUGACAACGAAGUGGAAACUGAUUCUGUGCCAGAGAGUGAUUCUGAUAAUGUAUAUGGUCCUAGUAGUGAAGUAGGUGAUGAAUACGAAAGCGAUCCAUGGGCUCCUUUAAAAGCUGAAGCAACCCAACAAAGUUUAUCGGAAUUCGAAGAACUAACGCAGAAUUUCACUGCAGAAGGUUUUGACGAAAACGAAGCUAAAGACAAGGCAUAUUUACUUAUCGUACCAAAACUUCGUAAAGAUUUGCAGAAUAUUUAUUUGGAACGUCUACUAUGGAUAAGACAACUAAAAAGAGAUCCAAUACACAAAAAAGAUUAUGGAAACCAGGGAUGUCUUUGUCAAUGAUGAUAAUUUCGACCACAGGGAAGCGUUAGAGGCCGCUAUUGACAAGAGAAAAUUUCUUUUGAAAAGACUUUUCACAAACACACGGUAUCCUAGUGACAUUGACUCUUAAUGGUUGUUUGUGUUUGAUUUAUAAAAGUAAAAUAAGAUCGAUCCUGUGUGGUAGCUAUUUUCCCCUAACCCAUUUCUCUAACACUCUCCCAAGUCCCGGCAAACCUUCGAAAAGGUCUUUGGCGCCACAACUAUUUAAUGUUAGGAAUCAGUUGACAUUUAUCAUUUGACAUUAUGCUUCGGAAGUGUAAAGAUCGUCCCAUCUGCGGCAAGCGAGCUUUAAAAAGAUUGGCAAACCAUUUGGCAGACCUUAUCUUAUUCGUGCUAAGCCAACAGCUUUAGACUUAGAAAAUGUUUUAACAGAAUUGUACAGAUUAAUUGGGAACAGUAAAAAGCAAUCAAAGUGGAAUAAAAGCAGGAUAAAGAAUAUACCAUUCGUCAACCAAAAUCCUCCAGGAAGAGAACAAAAUCAAGUACAAAAUCUGCAAAGAACGUGGACAAUACAGAAAUUAAUGAUGGCUCAAAGGAUUGGUUAAAGUUAGAAACAAAAACGGAACAAAACUCUUAAGUGAAUAAUAUUAUAUUUAUACAGACAAGAAUUAUUAACUUUGUAGUACUUAAAUAAAUAAAUGUGUUUUAAAUCUAAAUUCUUGUGUAAAUUUUUGCCCACAAAGCCUCGCGCCCGAUUUUAAGGCAUACACCUGCGUCAUAAAUAAUCCCUAUCUAUCCAUUGGGAUACACUUAGUCAUGCAGAUUUUUGUUCGCCUAACCCUUAAUUAUCUACACGCCUCCUAAUGACUUCGCAACACAUAGCAACGUAUAUAACUACCACAUAUUUGAUAAAAACAUAUUUAUUUUUUAUGGCAAAAUAUAUUACAACUGUUCUAAAAGUUUUUUCCUACAAGUGUUCUUGAUAAGCUUUCUUAUGAUCUGACUCGGUCAUCUUAACAGUAUAUAUGUAUGUAGGAGGUUUGCUAAAUAGUAUUGAACAACAUGCAAAUAUUGACCAUAACAACGCGUUGACAACCCGGGAUUAGCAACUGCUUAGUUCGGUUUUGAAAUAUGUUGCGAUUUUUCAUUUCUGGUUGGAAACUUAUCGCUCAAAACGGCUCCUUUAAGAGCCAUCAAAUUCAUUAAAAGAAUUAAAACGAAUUUCAAUUGCGAGUUGAAAAUAAGAGAGGGAUUGGGACACGCAACGUUGUUACGUGGUUGGAAGGCAAAAAAUUUUCUACCGCACCGGGGUCGAACCGGUGACCUAAGGAAUACUGAUUUGGUAAUAACUACAGUCCUUUGCUCUACCAACUGAGCUAACGACAGAUUUUAAAAACUAACUUCUAUUUCAUACUUUUAUACAUGUAAACUAUCAGGAACCUCUUGUCGUUUUAUUACAAAUUUGUUAAUAAAAUGAAUAACGUAGAUAAGAGUGCACAACCGGUUAUACCUGGUGCAAAUAUAGCUUAAGUUUUUGGUUUACGAAACACAAACAGUGCUCAAUACCAUAUAGAUAGACUGCGUAAUAUAGUUUUCCGUUUUACCUCAAAAAACUACAAUAGUCUAGAUCGAUCUGUUUCAUCCGUAUAUAUGAAUCGUCAUGCAGGUGGUGAGUAAUUUCGAAAAUAUAGGUUGCUUUUAUGCUAUCGAAAGAAAAAAUGAAAAAGUUCUCGAGUGUGUAUUAUAUAAUUUCCAUACCCAGCGUAAGCAGAAAGAUAAGUCUGCCGCGGCUGGGUUCUUGAAACCGCGACCUUGGAAUUACUAGAUCGACGCUCUACCAACUGAGCUACACGGGCAGACGGAUUUAUAAGACUGGAAAUUAUGAAAUAUAUACUGAAUGUCACAAACAUACUCGUUUAUAUUAAUUCAGCUAGCAUCGAACAAUAUUAGUUCUGCAAGUGUUAUGUUGAGUUGUGUAAUUGUACAUUCCCGGCGUAAUAUGUUAAGAUGAAAAUGUUCUCGAGUGAAACUUGGCUGCCAGACGUGUGUUUGCUAUGCUCCUCUUUUUGUGUAUGUGUAGCAUAAAACUUUUAAUAUUUGAUAAAUAUAACAAGCACAGACUCGAUAAUAAUCAUAAUGAAGCUAUCACAUAUGGUGUGAACGAGUUGCAUAUGAUUUUAGUGAAGAGACGAUCAGACGAAUAAAUAUUGUGGCAAUGAAUUUCGCUAUGAAUUCGAACAAAAUGGUGAAAAGGCCGCAUGUUAGAUGGACAAACCAUGGGCAUCUCUGCCUCUGUUUACAAGAUGCACAUCCUGCUGCUGAACUAACUAUCUGCAUGGAUAUCUCUAGCAAUCCUGGCCCGGCAAAUAUAACAGAAACAUCCUUAGACAAGAAUUGUACAAACAACACAUCGGCAAUAUUGCAAACCCAUAAAUCGGUAUGUAAUCAUGAAAGUUGUUCAUUUCGCCGUGUAUACUCGAGAAGGGAGUUAUGGGACCUAAAAACCAUCCCAGCAUGUAAUAAUCAAAUUCUAAACCAGAUUAAACAGUCAGGAUUGUUUCGUUUCAGAGGAAAACGAGCCGGCCGUAGGCAUAUUCGCAAGAAAUACGACUAGGUAAACAACAAGAGCUAUAACAUUCCUGUGAUAAUAAACCGUGACUGGAAAAGUCGUUAUAGGCAUGAACAUAUGCAUAUUAGGGAACGAAAUCUAAUACCAAUCCCAAGAAAUCCUACAAUUGAUCAUCACUGUAUAAACUACCCGAUGCCCAAACGUUUACUGAUAAAUAUAUGUGGCCUAAAUAAAACCAAAAAUCGAGUACGAGCACCGGUUGCCCUCGCAGCGGAUAUGAUUGCCACAGACGUUGAUAUUUGCAUUGUUUCGGAAACUCACUUAAAACCAGAUAUUCCAGACUCGGUUGUAGCGAUAUCAAACUACGUAUUACAUAGAAGAGAUCGAAACUGCUUUGGUAAUGAUAAAUGAAAGGGCGGAGGGGUAGCGGUCUAUAUUAGGAGUAACAAUCAUAUCGAAAGUGUUGACCGAUCGGAAAAAUAUGAAUCCAUUUCAGUCGUUGUAAAACUCCCUGCAUGGGGACCAUAAUAUGCUAAUUUGUGGUGUUUACAACCCUCCAAAAACAAAGUAUCAGGAGAUGGAUCUGUUAAACCACUUAACAGAGAAAAUGGACGAUUUUUUAGACACUAACCCUGAUGGUGUUGUAUUGUGUGGAGGGGAUUUCAAUAAUUUGAAGAUCGAAAACUUAGUAACAAAUGUAGGCUUGGAUGUCAUGGUGGAUUUCCCAACAAGAAAUAACGCUAUAUUAGAUAAUUGUUUAACAAAUCGAGCCGAUCUGUUUACAAAGCCAUAUCCGCUGCAAAUGCAAAUAAAAACUGACCACCUCGGUAUCAUUGUGCCACCAGGAACUAAACUGAAACCAAUUCGAGUGAAGUGUACGAUUAGAGAUAGAAGAACCCAUCGUAUGUUAGCUCUACAGAAUGCUUUACAACAAAACUGGUCGAAGGUACUUGAUUCGGAUGAUGUUAAUGAAGCAGCAAAUAUUCUUCACACAACAAUAAUUUCUCUACUCGAUUCGUGCCUUCCAACAAGAACAGUUAAAAUGUCUACGAGGGAUCCAAUUUGGUUGACACCAUUGGUUAAAAGUCUUCUAAAAAGAAAAUAUAAAUUAGUAGCUAGAGGAAAGAACGACCAAGCAGAGGAAGUAAGCAAGAUGAUAGCAGAGAUUAUAAUACAGAACAGGAGGAACAUGGACGCAGGUACGUUUGGAUCAGGCAGUUGGUGGAACAAAAUUGACAAGUUAUCAUCGCUGAGAAAAGAUACACCGAGGGUACUACUGGAGAGAAAUUUUGUUGAGGAUCUGCAUGACUAUUUCGCUGAUGUAUGUCAUGACCCUGAGUACGAGAAACCUUUGAAAAUGGACAUUAGUACUGCAUUUGAUACACCUCAGCUAGACUACGAUCAAGUAUAUAAUGCUCUAGGAUCGAUAAAACGAACGGCGACAGGGCCUGACAAAAUUCCUUACUGGAUAUGGAAAGAUUUUGCCAACAUUCUAUCUCCAGUUGUAAUGAAAGUUUGGAAUAUGUCGUUGGCCACAUCCAUGUGGCCUAGAUUAUGGAAAAUAGCUAAUAUAAAUCCAAUUCCAAAGGUCGACAUUGCUAAGAUAAAGAAAGAUUUCAGAGGGAUAAAUAUCACACCCGUAAUAGCCAGAGCGUUUGAAAGGAUAGUGUACGAACACUUUUCCAAAGAUACAUUUGAGCGUGGACUGAAUAACAACCAGUUCGCUUAUCGAAAAGGAGGCAGCUGUGUCGACGCUUUGCUCAAAGUGCAACAUUUUAAUCUGAAAGCAUUGGAUAACAGUCGGAAUAAAACAGUACGAUUGUUUGCGAUGGACUUCAGUAAAGCUUUUGACAGUGUCAGACAUAACAUACUAGGCGAAAAGCUUAAGGCCACUGGUUUGAAUCCAUACCUAGUAAAUUGGUAUUUGGACUUUUUAAAAGAUAGAAAGCAAAGGAUCAUGCAUAAUAGCAUCGUAUGUGAAUGGAAAAUGGUUAAUAAAGGAACAACACAAGGUAGCGUUAGCGGUCCACAUCUCUUCAAUUUAUUUGUAAACGACCUUACCAUAGAAGAAGAAAACAAAACUGCAUUAGAUAAAUAUGCAGAUGAUGCCACGUUACAAGUAGUCGUACUAAAAAACUCCCAGGAUGACUGAUUAACUUACUUAACUCAGUUUAUGAACUGGACAGAAAAAAAUGAAUUGUCAUGUAAUACAUCCAAGUGCAAGGAAUUAGUUUUAAACAAAUCGGGCAGAGCAGAGCAAUAUAUACCACCUGGCAUUAUGAACAUAGAACAAUGCCCGAAAUUGAAACUACUGGGAGUAACAUUCCGGCCUAACUGCAAAUUUACAGAACAUGUAAAGAAUAUGUUAUAUAGUGCAAAUAAAAGUUUAUACUUGAUACGAUCGUUACGAAAGGAAGGACUUUGUCAACUGGAGUUGAAUUUGUUUUUCAACUCUCUUGUAAUCUCAAAGAUAUCGUAUGGUCUAUCUGUCUAUGGCUCGUCUACACCAGAUUUCUAUACAGUGCAGUGCUUCUUAAGUAGAUGUUUUAAACGAAAUUAUUCUAGCAAACAUUACGAUAGAUACAAACUAUUAGAGAGAAGUGGUCGUAACAUAUGGAGAAAGAUAAAAAAUAACGAUAAUCAUCCGCUUAAACAUAUGCUACCUAUAGUCAAAGACUCAUCCAGGCGUCUGCGUAACAAAAGCUCACUGUGGCCAAAAUGUAGACUAACACAGAACGCUUCAAGAAUAGCUUUUUAAUAGACUGAUUUUUAAGUAUAAUUUGCAUGUUGAUAAUGAAUAGAAUAGUUUUAAUAAUAUUGAUGUAUUAAGUAGCCUCUGUGUUACAACUUUUUUAAAUAUGUAAAUUUGAUAUGUAUUUUUAUCAAAUGAUUAAUAAAAACCAAUAAUAAUAAUAAUAUAAUAAUAAUAAUAAUCAAAACAUUGUUAAGAUAAUUGGUAAUUCUUAAAAUGUCCAUGCAUAACUGGUCAAUGCUACCAAAAUAAUUUCUACCUGUGUCUCCAAAAUUAUCAGCAUGUAUGUUACCAUUAUUACAUGUAUUUAUACUGGUACUGUGGCAAUGACCAGCAAGUAAUGGGAAUUGCCAAAUAGUUGUCCAUUUCAUGAUGUCAGAGUAUGUUUUUCCGAUGACUGGUUUUCUAUAAAUACCCCUGAUAGCAAAGGGAACAACUCAAAUAUUUUAGUGAAUUAAUAAUUAUGAUAAGUUAUCUCUUUGACGGCAAAUCCCAAAUCAGUCAUCCGCUAGCGGAUGAAUGAUUUGAUGUUCAUAUCUUCGGUUCGGUGCAUGCUAUGAAGACAGAAAUACCACCAUUCGAUUCAGAAAUAAAAGAUUCAACUAAUUCGUCACUAUAGCUUUAGCCAUUAUGAAUAUUGUAGCGAUUUAUGGGCCUUUGAAGUCAAACACGAUCAUAUUGUAUCAAAUUACGCAAUUGUCUGAACAAAAAUAUAAACUUAGCCAUACCUUUCGCCGAAAAUAACUUCGGCCCCUUCGAACAUAUCGUCUUUGUAAUAGUAUUGUUCGAAUACCCAUUAAAAACACUACUUAGAGUGUUAUUUGCAAGCCUGUGUCUUCAAAUAUGUAUCUUUUAUCAAUAUAUUUCCAUUUCUUGCCCGACUGUGAGCUCGAAGUGAAUUAAUCCCAACCGGAAAUACGACUGAAAACCGUCAAAACAAUUCGAAGCUUGUAUCGUAUUAGCCUCCUCCGCAGGCAUCUCGUAGUUCACGUAAUUCAGAAAGUCG